GCUGCUCCCACAACCCUGAGCGGGGCAAGGAGAGUGCCACAGGAUACCCCUGGCCUAGCGCCAUGACAACACUUGGCCAGCGUCAGGCUCAGCCCCGGAGAAGGGAGCAGCCGAGCGGGGUCUGCUGAGGGGAGGGGGGGGCACCACGCCAGCCGUGAGGCGCCAACGCCCCGCGCUGCCCACCGAGGCGCUGCCGUCGCCCAGGGUCUCCACGGCGCAGGCGAGGCAGAGCGGCGGGCGGAGCGGCAGCGACCAGCGAGCGCCGUGCCCGCCGCCGGGCCGCGCGCACCCCGCCGCCAUCGCCUCAGCGCCCCGCCGCUGCCAGCAGGUCCCGAUUGGCGGCCCCCGCAGCGCCACCGGCUGCACCGUGUGUUACAGCCGCGCCCCCGACGGCAGCGGGGAACCGGGGCGCAGAGAAGCCCCUCCCGCUCGCCCCGCCCUCCCGGCCGCCCGGCUUCCGGCGGCACCGCUCUGCUUCCGCUCCGCGCGCUCGGGCCGACAGGAGCGAUUGUGCCGUGCCGCAGCGCCCAGGCCGCGGCCAUGAGCGAGGCAGAAGUGAAUCCCAAAGCUUACCCGCUGGCUGAUGCACAGCUCACCAAAACGCUACUGGAUCUUGUGCAGCAGUCCUGCAACUAUAAGCAGCUACGCAAGGGGGCCAAUGAAGCCACUAAAACACUGAACCGAGGGAUAGCAGAGUUCAUUGUGAUGGCAGCAGAUGCAGAGCCCUUGGAGAUCAUCCUGCACCUCCCUCUUCUCUGUGAGGACAAGAACGUACCUUAUGUGUUUGUGCGCUCCAAGCAAGCCCUGGGCCGGGCGUGCGGCGUUUCCCGGCCUGUCAUUGCCUGCUCCAUCACCAUCAAGGAGGGAUCACAGCUAAAGCCUCAGAUCCAGUCUGUCCAGCAAGCUAUAGAAAGACUGUUGGUCUAAAUGCCCAUAAGUUUAACUGUGUGGAAUAGGAAAGUUGGAGUUGGGGGAAUUAAUGUCUAGCUUUGGUUGAGAUCAUUGUUUUGAUAUCAGUGUUUCAUUUCAAAACGCCAUAUUUUUUUGUUUAAUAAGGCUUAAUUCUUAGUGUUCCUGCCUCUUCCCCCCCACCCCAUUCUGUUAUUCCAACAUAUUCAUUGUAUUAGUUCUUGAAAAGUGAUUGUACAAUUGUAUUUUCAGUUUGAUGUUUAAAACAAUGGGGAGAAAAAAGAAAUCCCUUCCUUAUCUCCAUGUCUGCCUGCUCAGGGCUUUUUUAACUCACCCAUUAGCUUCCUCUGUGUUGCAGUACUUCUGCUAAGCUUCAGCCUCUAACAGGCAUGAGUAACUGGUUCUGAAUGGUUUAGCCUGAGGAUAAGGUGUGUUGGUUUGGUUCCCUGUGGAGCUGUUGCUUUAUGUGAUGGAGCAGUGCACAGCACGUGUAAGGCAGGCAGUGGCUACUGUGUAGCAGUGAACAGAGCCAAGAUCAGUACACAUAGCACAACCCUUCUUGAAACCAGGCGAGAGACUUCUGUAAGAGGUGUAUGGGGAGCAGAAAUCUUAUGGCAGUGCACAAGAGGAGAUCUCUUAUCUCGCUUAUUUUUAAAUAUUGACUUUUUAAGAAAAAUAAAAUUGCUGACAAAGCUAAAUAUUACUGUUAUUCCCUCGAGGAAGCAUUUGCAACUAACUGACGUGUUCCUACUUGUAAAGCUAAACCACUCAGAUUGCCUGAAGGCUAUUGCAGUGCAGUAUUUCAUAAUUCUUCAGUUUGAUGGGGUUUUUUCAUGGACUGUAUCAAUGAGCUUGGGCUUCCUGGGGAAUUCAAGUACAAAACAUGGCAGAGAGGAGCCUGCUGGGGCUGACAAGUACCCUACAUGUGGCUGAUAGUUAUAAAAAAUACUGUGCUUUUAGGGCAGCUAUUGUACUGUAGUCACCCAACUGAAGAUGAACCCUGUAAGUCAUGGGUCUGAGACAAUAGAGAACAAGUAAUUUUUCAGAUAAAUCAACCUGUGUCUCAAGAAGAGAACGCCAGAUCAUCCCAUGCUUUGGGAAAGCGUGAAGCGCCACCUGCGUUCUGGAUUAAUGGUGGUUUUCUUGAGCUACCUUUAGUUAAAUGCAUAUUGUGUAACAAAAUCCACUUACUGCUCUAAGGAGAAAAGUCUAAACCUCUGUGUUGAAAUAGAUCAUAUCAAACCUGCCUUCUACUGCAGGGUGCCAAAGCUAGUGUGGAAAGACCAAUAGGUGCAAUAGCAGAAGGGAAAGUAAGUUCUGUAAUGUUUCCAUAGAGGCACUAACUUCAUACCUUUACUAAGUACAUCCCAAGUUGAUGAAAUCAGCUCAUGAAAGACUGAAGACAAAUUGUGUCUGUGUAUCUUUGUAAAUGGCUGAUAACAGUAAUAUCCUUGCUGAGGUAAACUUAAUGCAAAGAUUUUGGAGCCUUUUCAUGUGUAUGAGGUUUAGAAAGGCUGCUGUUCCCUUCUACUGAUGCUGAUUGUUGAACUAGUACUUAAAACCACAAUUUUGCAAAGGAUUUGCCCUGUCGUACCCUGCCAAGAUAGCUGAUGUAAGACAGCACAUAAGGAGCGGAAAUAAAGGAUUCUUGAGCAAGCAAAA